ACACAAAGUGACCCUAGUAGGGUAAAAUGGUAAAUGAACACAUAAAAAGGGCGGGAAAAUACGAGUCCAUAACUAUAGUCAUUAUAAAUAAGGGUAAGGGUUUCACAUUUUGUAGAGAAAAAUGGAGAUAAAGAUAAAGUGCAGUUGCGGAGGAGAGAAGUGUGAAGAGUGGGCAAUCGUAGAAGUGCAAGGCCAUGUUGAAGUUCAACCUCAUUUCCAACUUCCCAUCCAUAACCUCCCAAUCGGCCAACUGUGCCGCCCUUGUUCUCAGGAAGUGUAUACAUUUACUGUUGGGUACCAUGAAUUGACGGGAACUAAAGUGGCGUUGAAGAAGCCAUUGUUGGUGCUCAAGAAAGUGAAGCAAUCGUCGGGUAAUGUAGCUUUGGAGGUGAUUGGACUCAUUCGCCAACGGAUUUUGUUCAAGACCAGACCUAAAGCCCUCAUUUCCAAACCACAACCAACUAUGAAGGAAAGAGCCAGGGCUGCAGAGGCUAAGCUGCCAAACUAAAUAGCUUCAAGGAAAAUACAUCAAAGUAGAAUCAUUUCUAGAACUGGUGUUGGUCUCAAGAACAACAAUAGAACUACAGACCCAAAAGAGUCUUGUCCUAUUUUAAAAGCUUUGUUGCUUUUUUUUCUUCUUUCUAAUCUUCUUUUUCUGGGUCACUAUAAAAACAUGAUCUUUUGUGAGUGGUGUGAUGAUAUGAACAUGAACAUCCCAUCUGAUUAUGAAUAUCUUUCUGAUUUUGUGUAUUGUUGCUAUAUUUUAAGCAAAAAGGGUUUCGGGCUCA